AUGGCAAAAGACAUCGGGAAGGUGCUUAAAGCCGGCAAAGCCUUUAAAGGUGCCUUAAGGGAGGCGAAGGAUGGACGUGGCAGCUCCAAGGCCGUAGACCUUGAGGUUCCCCUGAACACCGAGUUCUGUGGUACCACCCUACGGAAGCUCAUGAAGGCAGAGGGCAUCACACGUGAGGAGGCCACAGCUGUCUUCCUUGCGUGGCAGGCUUCGUGUGAGGAGCAGGGUCUGCCGAGCGGGCCCACCCCUAAGGCAAAAGCCCCGAAAGCAGCCGACACCAAAACGCGAGUCACCGGCAAGCGUCCUCCCUCUCCUGAGCAGCCUGCCACCAAGAAGCCAAAGAAGGCAAAGGCAGAGGAUCCGGGCCCAGAUCCUAUGGUCUUUGCUCCCGCAAGUGCACAGGAUGUCGCUGAUUUCUUCGGCACAGAGAAGGAGAACGUGCUGAAGAAUAAGAAGCAAGAGUCCGCCAACGAGGUCGAGGACCUCGAUGGUGAGCCGUGGGAUGAGAACGAGGGCUUGGAAGAGGAUUGGGAGGAUUCGGGAGACUGGGAGGAAGGCUGGGAGGAAGGCUGGGAAGGCUCAACAGAUGAGUAUGAUUGGGAGGCGGAGUACCCUGGCUUUUGGGACGCUUAUUGGGAGCAUAAGUAUGGGGAUGGCUUGGAAGCCAAGCUUGAAGCGCUUGUGGAUGGCCAGGAGCAAGCCCUGGCACUGUCUUGCCCAGCAGGACCUGCCGAACCAAAGGUGCCACAGUGUUCUGAUCCCCAGGAGCCUGAGGUGAAGGUGAACAGUUCUACCCAUCCAAAGGAGUAUGCCAAACUUAACCGGCUGUACGAUGCGGGCAAGCUGGCGGCUUUCCCGGAGAUGUCGAAUCUCUGGGAAAGCAACCUCCAGGAGAAGAACAAGGUGCUCAGAAAGUUCAUCUCUCACGGCCAGAAUUGCAAAGCUUGUGAGGCAGAGCUGCUGGUGUUAAAGGAGCAAAGCCUCACAGGAGGAGGCGAAAAAGAUGAACACAGCCCUGACAACCUUUCCCUGACGCGCUUUUGGGUCGUGGUGGACCGCGAGAAGACCGAGAUGGAGCAAUCAAAGAUCCGUGCUCAGAUCAAAGUCAAUGCGGUAGCCGAUGAAGCUUUCAUGGCUGGCUUGGGGUCGAACGGCUUGCCGUCGGUUUUGCACCGAAGUGCCCCUGCGACUGCUGCGCACCCCUUAAAUGGGGAUGUGCUCAAGGCCUUUGACAAGUACAACACCGGGCUUCAGGAAGCUGCUGCUGCGGCCUGUGGCUUGUCUGAGCUGUGUGAAUGCAACUGCGGUUUGAUUAAGUUCGUGCUACGCUGCUACGUGCCACCCAAAGGCAAUGCUAGUGGUGCCGGUCGUGGGAAAGCACCGAAGAAACGUGCUGGUGCGAAAUCUGUGGCUUCUGCUGCGACGACAAAAACCAGGGCAAGCUUGCUCAACGAAGUCUUCAGGACGGAUGAGGAUAAGCAUCAGCGAUGGAGUUUCUAG